GUAAAUGUACACUGGGGGAAGCAGCGUUCCAGGAUCCAUACUAGGGCGCCGAAAAGUCUGGUGUCCUUCGGGAGGGGAAUAAUUUUCACAGCAUCCCUCUGAGUAUAGAGUAAUCCACCAGCAGCUAUGUGUUCGCUUUCGGCCUAGUUAGAAUACAGUCAGGAAAAUCAAAUAAAAAUGGUGAAAAAAUUCUGUUUCAUUUUCGGUUUUCGGAAUGGGGCCGUUAUAAUGAGUCUUGUUAGUCUUCUAACAGGAGUGGCUCUGAUUCUAGAUUGUAUAAUGAAUAUUGAUAAAGGAAAUGCUAAAAAGUAUAAUUCUUUCAUUGUUGUUGGUAUAUUCAUGGGAAUAACAAGUUUGACAGCAGGUGGAAUUCUUUCUAUAGCUAUAUUGAAGGCAAAAGAAAAAUUCAUUCUUCUUUACAUGCUGUUGGAAUCAGUACUACUUCUGAUUGUUACGAUCUACGCAGGAAUGUUUGUUUUCACAAAUGCAGCUUUCUUAUUAGUACUGAUUGUUUGCGGUUUGAUGUGGUUUGGCAUAGUUGGAAUUUAUGGUUUUUACACAGAAAUAGCUCAAUACAAUUCUUCGAUACCAGGAGCAUAUGAAGUGUCUUAUUCUGACCAAGGAGGUUAUAUGACUGCUACACCAAGUGGUCAAAUUGAUGAUAUAACAGCAGUUUAGAACCUUGAUAUCACUCGAGAUAAUUAUUUUUUUGUGAAUUUUCGGAUUACUCAUAUGGAACACAUCCAAUAUGUAGGGUGUUUGGUGAAGAUAUCUCAAAUAUUCUGAAGGUGAUACCUUGUUUGAAAUUAAGGUCUGUGUUUUUUACAAUUAGAUACGAACUCAUUUUUACGUUUGAAUUUUUCUUGAUUAUGUUUAAUCGAAUGGAAACCAAAUUCGAUAGAUUGUGCCCAUUGAUACAGGUCAAUGUUUUAUGAUUUGCUAAUAUUAUGGUGUGCAAAUUGACAACUCUUUUCGCAUUUCCUUGAAAAGCGAGGAAAAGGAAAGCGAAAUCGAAGAAAAAUUUUGGGAAAAACAGACUUAAGUUUUCAUCAAUAAAUCUCUGCAUUUUUCACAUAAUUUUUGCCUAACACCCUGUAUAGCUACACCGUCCAUGUAGUAGGAUUUCUUAUAAUUAUUGGAUUAAAGUAAUUUUUGAAGUAAUUUAAGAAAUCUCGUUGAAAUAGGUAAAUAUAGUUUUAUAUUCAAACGACUUCAAUACUAUUUUGAGUUUCAGUUAUUUCAUUAUUAUUCAGUAUCUAUAUUAUACCUAUUUUUAAAAUCAUUCGAUGAGGGAUAGCCUAAAAGUUGUUUUUGCUUAUUAUAUAAAUGGUUCCAACUCCUAUAUUGACAAUAAAAUUAUCCAUUUAAUUUUUGUGCUGUGAAUUUAGGCAGGUUUGAGAAUUUUUCAUAUUUUUAUAUAAUAUUCGACUGAAAUGGUCCUGUGUUCAAAUAUCAAAAUUUGGAUUUGUUGAAUUGUAAUUGCGAUUGUUUGAAUUGAAAAUCAUAUCGAAAUAAUCUUUGUGGUAUGUACUUAUAUUUCCUCUCAAUCUAAUUCUCAUAUGAUCUUCAAGAGAUUUGUUUUGAUUUUUGGGCAAUUCUCAAGGUU